UAGAUAAAUUCAUUUUUGCUUUAUUUUAUAUGCCACUCUUUUACAGUACUAGUGCAAAGUAAUAAAGAGAUAGAACGUAGAAAAUUAAAGAGUGAAGCAAAAAAGAUGUUUGAAGGAGUAGCAGACCAAUUUCAUCAAUUCAUAGCAGCUUCAAGAACUUCUUCUUCUUCUCCACUUCCUCUUCCUCUCAGUUUCCCACCUUUUCAUGGCUCCAAUUCUAAUAGUACCGCCUUUUCUAGCUUCGAUCAUCAUCCUUAUACUACUGCUGCUACCACUAAUUUCUUGCACCCAUUGCACCAAAGUUCAGAACCAACUACCAAGAAUCUUGCACUGAAACAAGAAAAUUUGGUUCUUGAAACAAAUCAGAGAUCAAUUCAAGAACCGGCCGUCGAUCCGUGGUCUAAUGAAGAAAUUCUUGCUCUGCUGAGAAUCAGAUCUAGCAUGGAGAAUUGGUUCCCUGAAUUCACUUGGGAACAUGUAUCAAGAAAGCUUGCAGAGCUUGGAUUUAAAAGAAGUGGUGAGAAAUGUAAAGAGAAAUUUGAAGAAGAAAGCAGAUUCUUCAGCAACAUUAAUUACUCCAAGAAUAUUAAUUUCAGGGUUUUUGGUGAUGAACUUGAAGAUCUUUAUACUACUACUAAUAAUAAUAAUAACAAUCAAAUUCCUCAUCAAGAUCAAGAAGAAAAAGCCAAGAUUAAUGAAGAAGAUUCAAGAAUUGAUUACCCAACUGAAGAAGACAACAAUGAGAAAGAAAUCAAGAAAUCCAAGAAAAGAAAAAGACAAAAAAAGUUUGAGAUGUUCAAAGGGUUUUGUGAAGAUAUUAUAAGGAAAAUAAUGACAAAACAAGAGGAAAUGCAUAAUAAGCUUAUUGAAGAUAUGGUCAAGAGAGAUGAAGAAAAAAUAGCAAAAGAAGAAGCUUGGAAGAAGCAAGAAAUGGAUAGAAUUAACAAAGAAUUUGAAAUUAGGGUUCAAGAACAAGUUCUUGCGGUUGACAGACAAAAAACAAUUAUCAAUUUCUUGAAAAAUUUCUCAUCAUCAUCAUCUUCUUCAAGUAGUGGUACUGCUUCUUCAUCUGAUCAUCAACAAAUUCUUGAACAAGCAACACAUGAUCAUCUUCUUAAGGUAGUAGUAACACAAAACCCUAAUCUAAAACCACCACUUCAAGAAAAUCAAGAACCUCAAAACCCUAAUUCAACUCCAUUAUUCCCACUAUCCAAUACCCAAAACCCUAAAAUUCUCAAUACUCAAAUCACCCCAUUGAUGGAUAUAGUUCAUAAAAAGUCACCAAUAAAAUCUCAUGACAAGGAUGAUCUUGGGAAAAGAUGGCCAAAAGAUGAGGUUUUAGCAUUGAUUAACCUAAGAUCCAGUUUGUGUAAUGAAGAUAAGGAUCAAACAACAUUAAAGGGGCCAUUAUGGGAAAGAAUUUCACAAGGAAUGGUGGAAUUAGGUUAUAAAAGAAGUGCAAAGAGAUGCAAAGAGAAAUGGGAAAACAUUAAUAAGUACUUCAGAAAAACUAAGGAUAUUAACAAGAAAAGAUCUGUUGAUUCUAGGACAUGUCCUUAUUUUCAGCAGUUAACUUCUUUGUAUAAUCAAGGAGCACUUCCACCACCCUCCUCCGACUUGGGUCCGGAAAGACGGUCGCCGGAAAAUCAUUCAGAAGGUGAGAAAAAUCCGACUCGAGCAACCGGAUACGAAUUUGAAUUCUAAAUUUUGCAAAUUUUAUUAUUAAUUCGAUUUUAUGAUGAUAAUAAUAGACUAGAAUAAGAGACUUAUAUUUUGUUUGUUUCGACCAAUUUAGUAAAUUCGACAUUAGAUAUGCAUCGUAGCAUAUUAUAUACGCAUCUCUUCCACA